AAAGUGUCUCUGUGUGUGUGUGACAGUCAGCUGUUGAAGGAUCCCCAGGUUCUGUUUGCUGGUUAUAAAGUUCCUCAUCCUCUGGAACACAAGAUCGUCAUCAGAGUGCAGACCACACCUGACUACAGUCCACAGGAAGCGUUUACGAACGCCAUCACUGACCUCAUCAGUGAGCUUUCUCUGCUGGAGGAACGCUUCAGAGUCGCCAUCAAGGACAAACAG